CCCACCCCCACCCGAGAAAGGAGGCGAUCCGCAGCCGCGAGAGGACGGGAUCCCGCUCUGGCUGGGCGCAGCGAAUGCGGUUCCUUUCUACGCUCCGCCCGCUCGCUCCUCCGACCCUCGGCGAAGCGACACCGUCCCCCUCCGGCGAGCUUAAUGGGCGGUAGCGCGGGCUGGCGAGGGACCUGCAGGAGCCGCUCGCCGGAUUCUUUUCCUCCCAGCCCCCGCGACCAGAAAGCGAUCGUUUAGAUCCGAUCGCCAGGUUGAUCCCGGUCCCGUCCAGAGACCGGCGGCCGCUCGGGCCCGCAGCGGAGGACACGGCACCCGCGUGUCCGGCAAGAAGCGAGUGCGGCGAAGGAGACGCAGGAAGGUUUUAAGAGGGCAGCGUGGAAAGGGAGCGCUGGGUGUGGCGGCCGAGGCAGGCAGGCGCGCUUGGGAACAAGGCGAAGCGGAGGUGGGCGGGCGACCAUCGGGUCUCCCGGGGAUCUCGGUGCGCCUGGAGCUGUUAACACCUAUGCGCGAGUUAGCAGAGACUCCCGCAAGCGAGGCUUCCGUCCAUCAGCCCCGCCGGCUUACGAAACCGCGGAUCUUGCCCCGGGCGCCGCCUCCUCAGCUCCCCUCUAUGUGAGCCGCUGGGCUUGCCUUUUCUCCUCCUCUUGCCGGAUGGCGAUUGACCGGCGUCGAGAGGAGGGUGCCGGGGGGAGCCGGCCCCUCCCCGAGGAAAACGGCUCUUUGCCUGCCGGGGAGGCGGAUCCGGCCAUUGCAGCUCCGGCCGCACCCCCUGCAGGGGGUCUCUCGGCGGAGAUUCAGAGCCUGCCUCUUCCCACGCCCCCCUCCGGAUCCUGCAGCCCCCUGCUUCUGGAUUACGAUGGCUCCGUGCUGCCCUUCCUGGGGGGCCUGGGCAGCGGGCACCAGAAAACCCUUAUCCUCCUCACCUGGAUCCCCGCGCUCUUCAUCGGCUUCAGCCAGUUCUCGGACAGUUUCCUCUUGGUCCAGCCCAUCUCUUGGUGCAAGGGGACGGAUGGGCAGAGCAACUGGACCGAGUUCCCCCCGCCGCCUCCCAGGGGCCUCACCACCAGCCCCAGCUACAACCACAGCGGCAACAGCUAUAGCCGGGGGAUCCUGGCAGCCCCGGAACUGCCCACUCCUGAGGGAAAGAAUGACAGUUACUGCCACUGCAGUGAGAGGUACCAUCGGAUCCCUGCAGGCCUACAGCAGAAUAUUGUGAGCAAGUGGGAUCUGGUCUGUGACUCUGCCUGGAAAGUUCACAUUGCGAAGUUUUCUCUGCUUGUAGGAUUAAUCUUUGGCUACCUAAUAACAGGAUGUAUAGCUGAUUGGGUUGGCCGACGUCCAGUCCUGCUCUUCUCAGUGUUGUUCAUUCUAAUAUUUGGACUGACAGUGGCCCUCUCGGUGAAUGUGACCAUGUUCAGCACACUCAGGUUCUUUGAAGGGUUUUGCCUGGCUGGAAUAACCCUUUCUUUGUAUGCAUUACGGAUAGAGCUCUGUCCUCCUAACCACCGUUUCAUGAUCACAAUGAUAGCAAGCUUUGUAGCAAUGGCAGGACAGUUCCUGAUGCCAGGGCUGGCUGCCCUCUGCAAGGACUGGCAAAUUCUCCAAGCUGUGAUCAUCUGCCCUUUUCUGCUGAUGUUACUCUACUGGCUUAUCUUCCCAGAAUCUCUUCGGUGGCUGAUGGCCACACAACAGUUUGAAGCUGCAAGGAAGCUCAUCCUUCAUUUGACUCACAGGAACAGGACAAACACAGAGUCUGAUAUUAAGGGAGUGAUGCCUGGCCACAGGUGGUUGUCCACAGCUCUGUCAGGAAGUAAAGAAAAGGAUAGCACGUCCUGGAGCUCUAAUGGCUUCGUUGUCAGGGAGUGCCAGAUGGGGGAUGUGGGAAGCAGCCAAGCUGGAGAACUAGAGAAAGAGCUUGCCAGGAGACCAAAAAAAGUCUGCAUUGUUAAAGUGGUGGGAACAAGAAAUCUGUGGAAAAACAUUGUUGUGCUCUGCAUCAAUUCGCUGACGGGAUAUGGAAUACAUCACUGCUUUGCAAAGAGUAUGAUGGGUCAUGAAGAUAAGAUGUCCUUCACCAACAAUUUUUAUGUAGACUAUUACACCAUGGCCAGCAUCACUCUGGUGUCCUGCCUGGCUAUGUGCCCAGUGGUUGGUUUUCUCGGAAGAAGAGGGGGUCUCCUGCUCUUCAUGAUCCUCACUGCUCUGGCUUCUCUUUUACAACUGGGCCUUCUCAACUUGAUAGGAAAAUACACUAAACUUCCAGACUCAGGUAUGAGUGACACCGUAAAGGACAAAUUCUCCAUUGCGUUUUCCAUCGUGGGGAUGUUUUCAUCGCACGCAGUUGGAAGCCUCAGUGUAUUCUUCUGUGCAGAGAUCACCCCAACAGUAAUAAGGGGUGGUGGCCUUGGCCUCGUCCUGGCUAGUGCGGGCUUUGGGAUGCUGACCGCGCCCAUCAUGGAACUUCACAACCAGAAAGGCUAUUUCCUCCACCAUGUGAUUUUUGCUUGUUGCACCCUCAUCUGCAUUAUCUGCAUUCUCCUCUUGCCAGAGAGCAAAAACCAGAGGCUGCCAGAGAACAUUCCAGAUGGUGAACAUUAUACCCGGCAGCCUCUCCUACCGCAUAAGAAGGGGGAGCAGCCCCUGCUGCUGACGAACUCUGAACUUAAAGAUUACUCUGGCCUCCAUGAUUCAGCAACCGUGAACGAUGGGGUGACCGAGACCGUCACUGCCAACGGGAUGAAAGCAAUGUAGGAGGAGAAGGGGCAGGAGCAUUUAGCUGUGGGUUUGCUUCUCAUCCAAGAUUUACAAACCAGUGAGAAGAAGGGAUGGAUACAUACAGGGAAAUUAGACUCUGCUGCUAAAGCCACUUCUAGGAAUCUGUGAUGGGGAUACAAAUUGCUUUUGGGUACAGUUAUUGGGGAGGGGGAAUACAUCUUCAGAAAAAAACUGGCUGGAGAUCACUGUCCAUUUAUGUUCUUCCUGCCAUGAAAUAGUUCUAUUUAUUUUGAUGAUUUUCCCCAUGAAGCACUUUAUUCUGUUCUUCUCUUGUUGACCAUAAACAUGAAGCCAUGUUAUUCUCAAGAAAAGCAACCAUUCCAGGAAAAAAAAUCAUGAGGUGGUAUGGUUUUCGUUUCAUUUGACUGUUUAUUUUGUUUUUACUAGAGGUAUGAGGCAUCUCUUGCUGCAACAAUGGAUUUGUUGGCUACUGACAUUUUGAGUCAUCUUUUUUUUUCCCUUGAUCUCUCCAGAUAAUUAAUAUCUCCUCCUUCCAAUUUCUUAGUCCAGGGGUAGGCAACCUUGGCUCUUUUAUGACUCGUGGACUUUUAGAAUUCCUGAGUCAGCUAUGCUGUCUCAGGAAUUCUGGGAGUUGAAGUCCACGAGUCAUAAAAGAACCAAGGUUGCCUACCCCUGUCCUAGUCCUACCUACUGUGAAAGUGUGCACAUAAAGCUAAAUUCCAACUGUGCUUUAAGUAUCAGAAAGAAAAGUUAGCAUCAGAGGCCCUAGGAUAUUUUUAACAGCUUUUAAUUUCGAAGUUGAGGAAUCCACAUGUAAAUUGCUGUUUACAGUAAAAAAAAAAAAAAAAGCACUGCACACAGAGGUAAUUUUUUUUUUCAAGAAAAGGUUAAAUGGAUAGGAUUUUUAAGUGGGAAAGAUCUUUAUUGAUGCUUCUUUUAAAAGUCUGCUGAUUAAGAACAAGAAGCCAUUUCAAAAGGCCCUACUCAAUAAACAACACUAUCCAGAAUUAUUUUUUAACCUUGAAAGAAAGAAGUAGUGCUUUUUAGAAAAUUACCUCCAAGCUGAAAGGGGGGAAAUGAUGGCAAAAUAAUUACUGGUUGUUCCAGAAGCCAUGAGCUGAGAUUCUAGCCAGCCCCAACAUCAUCGUCCUUGUUCUAAGGACUAUUUGAUUCUGAUGGAUGAAUGCAAUGACUUAAAGAUCAAGUUUAGGGGGUAAAAUAUAGGUAGAACUGAGAAGCAAGCAAUUGAAAAGGCCCCUUUAAGAAGAUUUUGGAGCGCCCUCCAUGUGACAUCUGAAGUAGUUUUUUCUAGGUUGCAUAUAUUGUCAGCCAGCUACCCUUUUUACUAUUGAAACCUUACAAAAUGGCCACCAUAAGUGCACCAACACAAAAUCCAAAGUGCUCUUGUAGGAUGCUUCCUUUUUACCCUACAAUAAAUAAAAGCCAAGACCCAUAUGAUUACUGGGGUUGAAAACAGAUUCUUAGCUCCCUGGUCCUAAAUAAACCUGAAGGUAACUGCUCUUGAAACUCAGCAGGAUCUGCUUCUGCAUCAGCUGCGUUUAAGAGCAGGAAGCUAAUGAAACAGAACAUCUCUUCCUUCCUUUUUCCCACAGAUUCAUCAAUAAUAUCUGCUGGCUGUUUAAAUCUCAGCUCUUGCUCAAGCCUUGGCUGUUUCAGCAGUGCUUCUUACGCAAGAGUCACACAAAGUCAGCUUCACACAAGAUGAUCUGAACUUGUGGCUGAUUAAACUAUUCCUACUCCCUUUUUACUAACAUCACCAUCACGCGACUGAUUGCCCGACAGGACUGCCAUUUAAACGAACACAUCAGCCAAUUUGGUGAUGUAUUCACUUGGUGGUCAUUUUGUUUGAUGUAUAUUUUGCAUUUGUGGGUAAAGUGUAAGGACCCACUUUUGUGCACCCAUCCUUGUUAUGCCCCUUUCUUUCUCUAUAUUGUCUGUUGACUUCUCUGUGUAUCUUCUUCGUUCUCCUGUCACAUUUGUUUUGUGUAGAUCAGAAGUGGGGAACCAUGGCUCCUUUAUGACUUGUAGACUUCAACUCCCAGAAUCCUGGUUCAGGAAUUCUGGGAGUUGAAGUUCACAAGUCAUAAAAGGGCCAUAGUUCCCCAUCUCUGGUGUAGAUAGACCUGCAUCCAUUAGCAAGUAUCACAUAGCUUCCAAUGUUGAUGGGCAAAAUGGUUCUGCAGAAGAGAUGAGAUUUUUGAAAUACUUGAAAAGAGAAAUAAUAUCAUAAAGCUGCUAACUCUCAUACACAGAAUGAAAAGCAUGGGGGAAUCCUUUGUAAACACUCUGAUGAGGAGGAAAACAUAAAGGAACUGGGUUGUUCAGCGUCACGACUGUGGAUUUUCCCCAGUUGCUACUGCUGUGUUCACCUCAGUAGAACUUGUUUUUCCAGCUUUUUUUUUUUUUUUUUUUUGCACACUCUAAUAACCUGUCUGGUUUUAACAACAGACCACCCCUCCUCCAUUAAUCUCUUUGACAUCACAUUGAAAAAAUACUGUAAGGCCCUUUGAAUUGUGCAGUAUUCAUGUGCCAAAUUUGUGUGACGCCUUUUGCCUUUUAUAUGAUGCUUGUUAUAAGUGAUAUAUCAGGAACAGCAAGUUUCUAGUAUAAAUUUAUUUUUCGGUGGAGUGGG